UGCUCGCCGACGGGCCGCGCGUCUCCUCCUCCUCUUUCUCCUUCCCUUUCUUCCUCCUCCUCCUCCUCCUCCUCCUUUUCGUCGCCGCCUCCGUCUCGGUGUACCCGGCCUGGCGGGACCUGCAGCCCCUUACCCGGAGGAAAGCGGCUCCGCCGGCAGCGCUCGCCGGGGUGGCCGUUGCGACCCGGCGUGCCGUGCCCCCGCUCCCUCCCGUACCUUCCCGGCCGAGGAUGUGAUCUUCAUGGUGAGCUGGUGGGAAAAUUGAGUUGUAAAUCACCCCAAUGGAUGCGGACAGUGAUGUUGCACUGGACAUUUUAAUCACAAAUGUAGUGUGUGUUUUUAAAACAAGAUGUCAUUUAAACUUGAGGAAGAUUGCAUUAGAGGGAGCAAACGUGAUAUACAAGCGUGAUGUUGGGAAAGUAUUAAUGAAGCUUAGAAAACCUAGGAUUACGGCCACAAUUUGGUCCUCAGGAAAAGUUAUUUGCACAGGAGCUACAAGUGAAGAAGAAGCUAAAUUUGGUGCCAGACGAUUAGCUCGUAGUCUACAGAAACUAGGUUUUCAGGUAAUUUUCACAGAUUUUAAAGUUGUGAAUGUUUUAGCAGUGUGCAACAUGCCCUUUGAGAUCAGAUUGCCAGAAUUCACGAAGAAUAACAGACCUCAUGCGAGUUAUGAACCAGAACUUCAUCCUGCCGUGUGUUACAGAAUAAAAACUCUCAGAGCUACCUUACAGAUUUUUUCCACAGGCAGUAUCACAGUUACAGGGCCAAACGUAAAAGCUGUUGCCAGUGCCGUGGAACAGAUUUAUCCAUUCGUGUUUGAAAGCAGAAAAUAAAUAUUGUAAUUCACCACUUGAUGGUUAGGUUCUCUAACCAAGCACCUUUAAAGACUGCUGCACAUUGGACUAAAAGGAAAACUGGACCAACUAUAGCAGAGAAAUGAAGACACUUUUACUUGCUCAUGGCCACAGUAUAAACUCCAGUUCUUUUGGAUUUUACUCUUAACAGUGCUGUAUUGUAAAAACAGAAGUUUACAAGAGAUGAAAUUGCUGCUUUUAAAAAGACAUUCUAUUUAUUUUUGCAGUAAUUUCUGUGUAUUCAUAAGCAAAGCUGUCACGAUGUGCACUACCAUUAAAACAUUUUUUUUUUAGUUUGAGCUUGUGUUUUAUUUGUGAAUAGUCUUUUACAUUUUUGUAUGCUGAAUAUUGGGCACCAAAGAAGCUGUAAAAGUUAUCUUUUUCACCUGAUGAAUGUGCACAAAUAAAAGUUUGGAAAAUAUUUUUCUUCA